GUUACAUUAGAACCGUGCGAUUUUGGUCCGCCUAGAAAUCUUUGUUGCAUGGAUCGUAUCGACAUCGCCCUUUGAAAAGGGCGAUUUGCUUCGGACACAUCCAUCAUUCCUCGUCCGCGGUUCCCGUCUUUUUGCAACUUGCCGAAUCGGUCGGGCCGGCCGCCACUUGUCGAAGAUGUUGCUGCAAGCUCUCGCCUCGGCUUCGCCCGCGCACGCGACCCUCCAUCUGCCCCGUGCCGCCGCUGCCUCGCUCCCUCUUCGUCGCCCUCCGCCGGCUUUCCCGGUCUCCCGACCGGCGCCGGCGCCCCUCCUCCGGCCGCUGUCCGCCGCGAGGGGCCGGUGCGCGCCGUCGGCAUUUCUUGAUCUCAAAGGUGGCACAGGAAUGAGUGGGUUCAUUGAUGUAGAGCUCAAGGUCCGUGACUAUGAAUUGGAUCAGUAUGGUGUGGUGAACAAUGCAGUCUACGCGAGCUACUGUCAACAUGGUCGACACGAGCUUCUGGAAAUGAUUGGAGUAAGUGCUGAUGCUGUGGCCAGAACUGGUAAUGCACUGGCAUUAUCAGAGUUGUCACUCAAAUUUCUUGCUCCUCUAAGAAGUGGGGACAGGUUUGUUGUAAAGGUGAGGAUCUCUAACUCAUCGGCCGCUCGCUUAUACUUUGAUCACUUCAUUUUCAGGCUGCCAAACAACGAGCCUAUUUUGGAAGCAAAGGCUACGGCUGUUUGGCUUGACAAGAACUAUCGUCCUAUCCGUAUACCACCAGAAAUUAGAUCUAAGUUUGUCCAAUUCGUUCGUCAUGCGGAGGCCAACUGAUGUGCAGAAGAAGUGGCGAUGGAGUACUUGGUUAGAGACCCCUCCCUUUUGCUGAGACCCCUCGUUUGAGCUCAAAAUAUGAAGACAGACAGGGAAAGGGAAAGAAAAAUGCUACUGAAAUUACUUUUAGGAUAGACAUCCACGAGGAAGAAUUUUUGCACAUGUCAAUUCAGCUCUUUCCUUCCACACGAGCAGCUCAUAGAGUUCAAUUAUGUUCGGAGCAUACGAUGUAGUCCUUCAAUCUAAACUCCUGUAGUUGGGCAUCUGUGGGAAUCAACCAAUUAAUUGCGAAAUACGUCUCUGUAACUGUAAAAAGUAUCUUUGCAUCAAAUGACACAUGAGGGAAUACCUAACUAGUUGCUA